AUGUCUCUCCGUACCCUCCCCGGGGUCCUCCUCCGCCGCAACUAUGGCACCGUGCAAUCCACCUCCCCCAGUGCCGCCGCCAUUGCCAGCCGUAUCCCAACUGCUCUGCGUGAAGCCACUGCCGCCACCGCACCACGCACCAACUGGACCCGUGAAGAGAUUCAACAGAUCUACGAGACGCCUCUGAACCAGCUUACCUAUGCUGCUGCCGCCGUCCACCGCCGCUUCCACGACCCCAGCGCCAUCCAAAUGUGCACGCUAAUGAACAUCAAAACCGGCGGCUGCAGCGAAGACUGCUCCUACUGCGCACAAUCCUCGCGGUACCAAACCGGUCUCAAAGCCACCAAGAUGUCCCCCGUCGACGAAGUCCUCACAGCCGCCCGCACCGCCAAAGCCAACGGCAGCACACGGUUCUGCAUGGGCGCCGCCUGGCGCGACAUGCGUGGCCGCAAGACCAGUCUAAAGAACAUCAAAGCCAUGGUGUCCGGGGUGCGGGGCAUGGGGAUGGAAGUGUGCGUGACGCUGGGAAUGAUUGAUGAAGCGCAGGCCAAGGAACUGAAAGAUGCUGGGUUGACGGCGUACAACCAUAACCUGGAUACGUCGAGGGAGUUUUACCCUGAGAUUAUUACGACGAGGUCGUAUGAUGAGCGGUUGAAGACGUUGGCGAAUGUGCGGGAUGCGGGGAUUAAUGUUUGCUCUGGGGGUAUUUUGGGUCUGGGUGAGAAGGAUGAGGAUCGCGUGGGGUUGAUUUAUACCAUGUCUGGGUUGGAGAAGCAUCCCGAGAGUUUCCCGGUUAAUGCUCUGGUGCCGAUUCCGGGGACUCCCCUGGGAGAGAGGAAGAUGAUUUCGUUUGAUAAGAUUUUGAGAACGGUGGCGACUGCUAGAGUGGUUAUGCCGGCUACUAUUGUUAGACUUGCGGCAGGGAGAAUUUCCCUCAGUGAGGAGCAGCAGGUAGCUUGCUUUAUGGCGGGAGCUAAUGCUGUGUUUACGGGUGAGAAGAUGCUUACGACGGAUUGUAAUGGGUGGGAUGAGGAUAGGGCGAUGUUUGAGAAGUGGGGAUUCUACCCUAUGAAGAGCUUUGAGGGUGAGCAUGUUAAGGAGGAGGCGAAGGUGCAGGAGGUUGAGGGGACUGCGCAGGCCGCGGUUAGUGCUUAG